AGCCAAAUAAAAUAACAAAAUGACCACAGCUGCCAGACCAACAUUUGAUCCAGCCCGUGGUGGCAGCGGUAAAGGUGAAAAAGAUUUGAGUGCCCUUAGUAAACAAUACAGCAGCAGAGAUUUGCCUGGACAUACCAAACUGAAAUACAGAGAAACUGGUCAAGGUACCUCCGAUGAGUUGCGCAAUCGUGAUUUCCGCAAAGAAUUAGAAGAACGCGAACGUGAGGCAAGGCCCAGUAAAAAUCUACCCUCAAUUGUGCGUAAAGCCAUCGAAGCCAACAACUCGUCAUCGGCCAGUAGUACACCGAGUAGUAAACGUGCCAAAUUGGAUGCACCACCUGCUCCAACAAAUCUUGAUGCUGAUGAUCCCGUCGAUAACGACAGUUCUGAUAGUGACUCUGAUUCAGAUGAUGAAGAUGACACUGCUGUGUUGCUAGCCGAAUUAAAUAAAAUCAAACAAGAACGUCUGCAGGAGGCAGCACGUAAAGAGCAAGAAAAGAAACAGGAAGAAGAACGUAUUCGUAUGGAAAAUAUUCUAUCGGGUAAUCCGCUGAUAAAUUAUGCAUCUGGGUCGGCAGCAACAGCCAGCAAAGCGGUGGCAGAUCUAAAAGUUAAACGUCGUUGGGAUGAUGAUGUCGUUUUUAAGAAUUGUGCUCGCACUGAACCCGAAAAGAAAACACAUUUUAUUAAUGAUUCGCUGCGCAGUGAAUUCCAUAAGAAAUUCAUGGAGAAAUAUAUUAAGUAGUUUAAGAUUUUUCUUCUUCA